UCACCUGCGCUCCGCGCAUGCGCCGGAGCCCCGAAGCCGAAGAGGUUGUCUGUUUGUCAUGAAUGGUGUGAGAAACGCAAUUUUAUUGCGGAAAUUUUCGGUUAGUUCGCUUUGAAUCUCGCCAUUUCAUGUCAGAUUUGGUUGCUAAUCCAUCAGUGUUGCGUUGUGUGUGUUGUAAAUGUGGGAGCAAUUCUGAUUAGACUUGUUGUGGAGUCGUGAGUUUUCCCUCCAAAUUGCGAUGCCUCUUUUGAGGAGAAAGCCCUUCGAAAAAGCGCCGGUCCCGGAGGAUAUCCGCGAUGACGAGGAAGUUUUCUACUGUGGGGCCACCAACGAGAUUUUCCGGGAUUACGAGGACUUCUCCGAGAGGAUGUUCCUGUGCAAUUCGAUGAUUUGGACAUGUGCGAUGACGGGAAAACCGAAUUUAACGUAUGCCGAGGCGCUGGAAAGCGAGGAAAACGCGAGGAAAAGCCUCAAAGAGUUCCCAGCUGAGCUCAAAAUACCACUCCUGUACUUGGCGAGUCAGACAAAACGGACGUCCUUUGUUGACAUGGCCGAAGACGUGUACUUGUUCACCAAAGACAGGUACUUUAUCGGCGAAAACGUGGAAACCUCGUUCACGGAAACCAAGUGGAAGGACUCGCACGUGCUACAAGUCAUACCGCCCCCAAACAAACAAACCAAAUCGCCGACAAAAAACGGAAACACCAAUGACAAGCACUGCAACCCCCCGGCGAACCUCUACAAGUACGAGAUCGAGCACUUGGACGCCAACGAUCACGACAUAAGCGAAUUUAUGAUCGUUGACUGCAGUCAAAUGCGCCGCAAAAAGGGCACUUACUCGCGCGAAAAGUGCAAGCUGUUCCUUAAACAAUACGCCGAGCAGGACAGUAGAGGCGUUUUCGUCAUAAAACCCUCAGCUUUGAAAGCCUUUAAUUUGGAUAAAAUCACUUUCGAUAAAAUUUUCGGCGGCCAACCGCCCGAAUUCAGUCCGUCGAAGAAAUUCGUCAAGAAAACGCGACAAGAAUCGCUCGAUAAAUACCUCACGAAGAGUACCAACUUUGCGAAGAACGGUAACAAUGAUUUACUUGAGAGAAUGAGGAAGAAGGAGGAGGAAUUCAAGCAGGCCAGGCAGCAAAAGAAGGAGAAAAAAAUCGAAAUGAAGCAGAAGAAAAAGGAAGAGAAUCUUCAACUUGCCAAACAGUUGAAGAACUGGAAUAAGCCAAAAGAGGAUCUGGAACUUGUCGAUCAAAAAAAAUUGCCAAAAGCUAGUCCAGUAAAACUGAAAAUUGCCGAUGAAUACGUGGGGGACGUUUUAAUGGUGCUAGAGUUUGCAAACACGUUUUCCAAACUUUUGCACACCAAGGAUUUUUUCCCAGGGGGGCUCUCGCUCGAGAUUAUGGAGAGGGCAUUGACAGAAAAUGAGGUGGCUGGCCCCCUCAUCGACCUGUUCCAAAUGCUGUUGCUCGCCCUUUUCCACGUGCAAGAGGAAGAGGCUUCUCAGUAUCGCACCGAAACCGAGACUUUGAACCUGAAACAGGAGGAAAUUUCCGAUAAUAUGAACCUGCAAGAGGCCACUCGAUUAGCGACCAUUGCCGCCGGUUGGAGCAAAAAAUACCAAGGGCUUCCGUUGGCCCAAUUACCCCUCUAUUCGGUUACGACAUCGGAAGUGUUAAGAUUACACCUGUUAUCAUCCGGUGCUAUAAUAAAAAUGAGCGGCGCGAGAUGGCGCUACCAACAACGAGGGGGUUACUUAAGCGAAGACGAUCCCGGAUUGUAUUUACGUCUCCACAGCCCCCAUAUUCUCAAAGCUUUGAAGACCCACAACGUGGUUGAGUUACCGAUCGUCGAUAAGUUGCAAAUUUUGUCGUGUUUGAUGAAUCAACUGUUGACGUAUGCCGAUGUUAGGGACGUUGUCGAGGAACGCAUGGAGAAUAUUCGACAAGCGAAGCACGAAUAUAAAACUAUUUUAAGCGCGGAGAAAAAGCGAGAACAGGAGUUUCUGACUGCGAGGUUCAAGCUGAAAAAAUCGGCGAAAACGGACGAGAAAGCGGCAACUGAAUUACGCAAGUUGGAGGCGGAAGCCGAGCAUAGACGCAUGGAAAACCAGCGGAAAAUGGUGGUGUUACAAAAGGCGGUGUACGAGAAACAAGUCUUGUUGGGACAAGACCGGGCGUUUCGCCGCUUUUAUCGCCUCGAGUCCAUCCCUGGAUUUUUCCUCAACUCGGAAGAGGAAAAUCCAGGCACCUGUUUGAGCAAUAUUAUCGAACAAAUGCCGCAUUUGGUCAAUGCGACACGUGACGAGGUUUUGGACCACUUGAAGAAAACACUCAAAGAAUCAAAUUCCAGCGAUAAGGAGAACAGUCCGGCGAAAAAUCGCAAAAACGGACAAUGCAACGGUGUUUUAGACCAGAAAAUCGAACUCUGCGAUGAUUUAAUGAUGUGUUCCGCCAACCCCGACACUUGUGUCGUCCAUUCGAACGAGCGUCGGAAAAAUUUGUGGGGUUUCUACCACGAAAACGAACAAAUCGAUCAAUUGAUCGACGGUUUGAACAAGCGAGGAGUGCGCGAGAGUGAGUUGCAACAAAACUUGACGUAUAACCGGGACGAUAUCGAGAAAUUAAUCCGCGAAACGCCCGUCAAUAGCUUAAAUUUCGAGAUGGAAAGUCGGGAAGAACCCAAGCGGAGGAAAGUUAAACCUAAGUAUGAAGACGCCAACUUGGGGUACCCCCCAGAUAUGACGCCCACCGACGUCUUACAUAGCGCCCUCAUCGAGAACAUUCUCGAAAUGGAGGAGAAAAUCUUCGCCGGGAGUCUGGGGGCCCUAAAUAUCAAAGACCGCGAAAAGUGGAGGAGCGAUCUCCAGAAUAAGAAUUACAAAGAACUGGACAAGAAUUUAGCAAAACGGGAUGAGAACGAUUUGAAAGAACUGGAAACUGAUCCUAGUCAUUAUUUAAUACCAGAUAUUGACAAUAAUGAAAUUCCGCUAACGCAAAACGAGGACAUUAAGGGAGCAAUUCCGAGUUUGGCAGUGGUUUUGGCGCAAGUAGCGCAAGCCGUUGAACCGAAAUUCCUCAAAAAACCACUAGGAUGUGUGGCAACAGGUCGUAAUAAUAGUAAAAUGGACGAAAACACCAUAGUUAAGUGGGAACAGUCGUUGUUGGCGUCGACCAGUUUCAGUCAGAUUUUUCUACAUUAUAGCACGCUGGAUUCGUGCAUUUUGUGGGCCAAGUCUGUGCUUCUGGCCAAGUGUAGGAUCUGUCGGAGGAAGAACGACUCGGAGAAUAUGCUGCUGUGUGAUGGUUGUAAUCUAGGGGUUCACUUGUACUGUCUUAAACCGAAACUGAAGAGCAUUCCGCCGGGCGAUUGGUUUUGUGAUAAAUGCGAACAAGAGAAGAAACCUGAAGUGGUGGAAUCACCGCCGAAGAAACGUCCGAUUUUCCGCGACGAAGAAAUCGACGAGGAAGAAUCGGAAAUAGAACAAUUGGAAAGUAAUAAUGAAGAGGAAGAUACUGAAGAUGGCGAAGAAGAGGAAGAACAGGACGAAAAUGAAGAAACGUCACCUAAACCCGAUCUGUGUAAAACUUGUGGUUCAGGGGGCGAAAUGGUCCAAUGUGAUAAAUGCACGGACAGUUAUCACAUCGAAUGUGUGGAACCGCCCUUGCGAAGGGCCCCCAGAGGCCCCUGGUUCUGUACGAAAUGUAAGAAAAAUAACGAUAGAAAAAGAAAUUACGACACGAGCUACUGUAAUGGUACAGUGGUACAGCGCACUGGAAAAAUCAAUGGCCAGCGUCGCUGUGCUGCAAAAGCCUUGUAUAAGAUCCACGAUUUUGCAAAGAGUCUUCGAGAACACUCAGAUUCUGACGACUCAAGCGAGGAGGAGGUGAUUAGUAGAAGGGCGACGCGUCGAGAUGAGGGCAGAACGGAUCUGCCGUUGCACAAUUCGGCACUGCAUGCGGUUCUGUCCGAGGUGAUGAAAGAUGCAAACGCGUGGCCGUUUUUACGGCCGGUUCAAAAAAUUGAGGUACCUGAUUAUUACGACGUUAUUACGAAACCGAUGGAUUUUGGCACAAUUAAGUAUAAAUUAAACAUGGGGGAGUAUAAAGAAGAUGCUCAGUUUAUGGCAGAUGCACUGUUGGUGUUUCAAAAUUGUAACACGUAUAAUCACACCGAGGACGAUGUCUACAAAUGUGGCGUACAGUUGCUUAGGCUUUUUCAGAAAAAGUGUCGCGAGUUGGGGUUGAAACUUCCCGAGGAGAUGGAUUAUAAUGACCCGAAUGCACGUCCGAAAAAGAAAAUACGCACGAAAUAGUAUUAUAUAGUAUUCUUAUUUCUAUCAUUGUACAUUUUUUCUUUAAAUCUACCUUUGAUUUGUACUGUGUAACCCUUUUAGCUGUUUUUGUAGGUACUAUUUAUGAUUAUUAAAGUUUUUAUAUUAA